AUGUUCCCACCACCCUGGGGUCGUGACUCCAUGCCCGACUUCCAUUACCUCCUCAACCACAGAUCCCGCCAUCGACCCACGUACCCUGCCCACCAUUCUCUUUCACCCCCUCUCGAUCCUCACGGCAUGCACUAUCAUCACGGACCUAAACCAACCUACCCCAAGACAUACAAACAAGCACGCUUCUCCGACCUUGGUACACCCUCUAGCUCAGACUUCUCCUCUUCCGAGUUCGAAGGUUCAUAUGCGUUCGACUUCGACAACGAUGACGAUGUCGACAAACACCGCGUGCCGUCCUACUCACCCCUACGACGCUACGCUCGGAGUCCAGAGCUCCGCAGAACUUCCGUAAUGCUUCCCUCCGAUACCGCAGAGAAGUUGUGUCCAGACGAAGUUCUCUUCCUCCCAUCCUUGACACAUCUGCACAUCCGCAUCCGGAGCGCCUACACCCGCGACGAAGACAUCCGCGCCGCCGUCCCUUCUUCAAUGGCAUGGCGCGAUCUCGUUCAGCAAGUCGUCGAUACCUAUAUCGGUGGCAAUGUCCGAUCAAAUGACGUCAAAGCAUUCGUCAAGCAGCGAGGUCGGUGGGACUCGCCAAGUUCGGGCAUCACGAUGGAGGACUUGGGAGAUAGAGGGGAGGUGUUUUGGGAAGAGGGCAGGAAGGGUUUGCAUGUCAAGAUCGAAGUGGGCGAUAAUAAGGAGAGGGAGAGAAUUAGCGCGAGGUUUGGUGGGAAGAGCUCGAGAGGGGGUGGGGUGGAUGUGGAGAAGGUUUGGGAGAGGACGGAGAGUAGGGUGAGGGCUGGUGUGAGAGGGUGA